CAAUAUUUUGCUUUGUGUAACCUGACACAUUUUAUUCAAGCAUCGAAAUAAACAAUCCGCCAUAGUUGAUUUCGUUAGCGUCAUUUUCGUAGUGCAGAGUAAUGCCUCGCCAAAGAAAGGUUCCUGCAAGGUUUAGAGAUGGUGCUAAUCCCGAUGAAAUAGAGGCUGAAGGAGAAAGCAGUGGAUCUAACCCAGAGAGUCCUCAAAAGAAACAGGGAAAGGAGAGCUCUGGCCCAUCAGAUUUAGUUAGCCCUGUUACAUCAAUGCAACACUUUGGUGUACCUCCCGCCUUUAUCACAGAAUCAAAUACACAUCCUACAGAGACCACUUUGGAAAUAAACAGACCGAGCCAUGAAAUUGAUCCAGUGUAUCCAUGUGGCAUUUGUAAAAGGGAAGUAAAUGAUAACGAUGACGCCAUAUUCUGUGAGACAGGCUGCGCACAAUGGUAUCAUCGUGUCUGCACAGGCUUGACUGAACUAGCUUAUGACUUGCUAACUGCUGAGGAGAAUGCAGAGUGGGUCUGUGACAACUGUAUUGCAACCAAAAGUGUUCCAUUGGUUAAGUUGAAGAGUUAACUAUCAUGUCCUGUUCAUUACCAAUAUAGUUGAUAUAUUAAGUUUAAGCAAACAUGAAUUUUGUAGCAUUUAUGAAUCAAUUUUCAUGUUUACUUGUUUGAAAAUUAACAUACUAGUUAAAAGAUAUGUAAUUUUAUGAGACCUUUUGGGCUUCAUGGAUAAAAAAGAGAGAUGUUUUCAGUUGGUAGGUGUUCAAUAACAUCUUUGGAACACAAGUUCUUUGAGAAACAUUCAUGUUAAGCAUGUGUUAUUUCUCUUACACAAUAACAAUCCUGAUGAUAUGCCUGAAAAAAAUAAGCAUGUAAGAUUUGUUCUACACUGGUUUUCAGAAACAGCUUUCCUUUUUGUCUUUGUUGGAAAUAAAUUUCCAAAAAUGUGUUGGAAACCUCUUGGGUAGUAGUAUUUCUCCAAAGAAAUGAUAGACUGUGCAGUUGAGGAAAAUUAAACCCUAAUGAUGUUAUUCAAGGUGGUUUUGUAUGGUAUUUGUACAAAUUUAACUACAGAUGAAGAAAAUUAGCACUUCUCCGUGAAUUUUUUCCCAAGAUAUUAUUGAUAGUCUAUGAAAUUACUUGAAUUUCUCUAUUUGUGUACAAGGAACAAGAGGUGUCUAUGAGUAGCAUAAUACUCUGCAUCUUAUUGGUCAAUAUGUAUUUCUUCAAAAGGUUGUAGAGUGAAAUAGGGGAUUUCUAUAAGGCUUUUAUUAGAAGUUGAGCCUUUAACUUAAAGAGAAUUCAAUCUCACCACAAACCAUAAGGAAAAAUUUUAGGUUUGGUUAGACUAAAUACUGUAUUAGUCACUCGUGUUCCCAAGUCAUAAGUGCUCAAGUUCAUGCAGCUCCAUUUAAAACUUACAAUUUUUCUUCAAUUUAUGUGGUCAAUUGAAUUGACUCUUCCUUAUGAUUUUUUGGCCAUGCCAAAGAUAUAGACAGUCUUAACAUGAUUACAAUUAUUACUAAUAUCUAAUGUAAACUGGGAAAUUUAAAAGUUGCAAAUAAGUGAAAAAAGUAUGUACCUAAUAUGCAUGCAUUACCCUGCCCACAUACAGAUAGUCUAACUUGUCAUCAUGUAUGUGUGUAAAUUUUGUAUAUAAAUGCUUUAGAAUGAAAACAGUGAACGACACCUAGUUAACUCAACUUCACUUACAAUGAGUGAACAACCAUGUAUUUGACUUUUAUUUCAUCAGUACUUUUCAGUCCAUUAACAAUAUACACCAAUUUACAAUAAAGUUAUCAUAGAAAAAAGCAAAAUGAAAAAGGGAAAAAGCCAAGUAGGAAUUAGUUAGGGUAUUAAAUUAUGUUGUGGCAAUAUUGGCACCAAGGGAAUUUUCACACAAUUUCUACUGAAAGGAUCCUUUAAACUUCUUGAGAAUGUAAGAUAUUUGUGCAG